AUGCCCCCAGAUCUUGUCGUCCUCCUUCCAACGAUACCGCAGGAGGGACUAAAGAACAACACCUGGAAUGGCUACUACAAGUCUCCCACGAUGUACAUGGCAGUGCUGUCUAGCACACCAGAGACAACGCAGGGCAUGAGGGGAUCUACCGCUGGCUGGCUCCGACUCAACACAUCGUACUUGUUUGAAGAACAGACAAUGUUGCCAGAAAGUACAAGGAACCAGUCGAAAGCCACAGCAGAGACUUACGAGAACAGCACCAGCGUGCUGGAAACAUCGAGAGAGGGACGGGUGCUCAACAUAAAAGGAAACAAUUUUGUGGAAGGCCUUCAAGUUCGCGUGACUGCACCACCGUUCCGUGUCCGCCCUGCCACCACCACGACCACCACCACCGCCACCUCGACAGCAACAUCACCUCGUCGGUCCACGGAGACGAAACAAGCCAACGCAUAUAAGACAACUUGGAGUGAAACCCCUAAGAUGGCCUCUGCAUCCACUACUUCUACGCCACAUUCUUUCGCUGAAGAGAAACAAAUUCUAGACCUCCUUCCAAAACUCCUCGAAGCUGCACGAGCACGACUUCGGAAGACCGGCCAGGAGGAAUAUCCGGACGGCAGAAAGGUCACCAACGAGGCGACUGCAGCCUCGAAGCAAACUUUCACGACAGAAUCGACAACGCCCACGACGGCACCGCCGGGCAAGAUUUCCAAGUCGCCCCAAAAGAAGCACGAGCGACGAAUCUGCAUCGUCUACGAAGGGGACCAGAACGACAUCAGUUCGGCGCUCCUACGUAAAAUAGUAGAAGCGACGCAGCAGCGUACGCAAAAGGAACUUGCUUCGGAACCCACCGAAGAUGAAGAUGGCGGUUCUUUGCCAACAACUUUUGCGUACUUGGAGACGCAAGAACAGAGCAGGGGUUACUCGCCUAAAAUGAGCAGGGUCGCGAGCUCGCGGACGAGAGCGGACGACGUCGCCAGACAAGAGGUCGGCAGCUCGAGAACGAAGAAUCGCAGGGAGCGCGGGAAAAAAUUCAAGUUGCAGCGUGCGGGACAGCAUUUCGACGAGAACGAGCCGCAAGCUGCCGACUCCGAGCCGUCGGCCAAUGGCGAUGCAGACGUCAACCCGAGUGGGAGAAUGGAGUACUUCUCCGAGAAGAUUCAGCAACACUGGGAUCAAUUUGUGGGACACGUCAAGACCGUGGCAAAGGACACGUGGGACCAUCUUGCACAGCAGAUGGCGCGAUCCAUCGAGGUACUUGCGCAGUAAACGUAUGACUAGGGCCCGACUUUUUUCGACAACAUUGGGGGGUAAAUAUUGGGUUGCAUUUCGCUUCAAUAAUUCGGGUGUAAUCGGGUUGAACUGAACGUGAUUCAACCCAGUUCUGGUUGAAUCAGAUUGAAUCAGUACAAUGCACAUGAC